AUGGAUAUGUUCCCUCGUGGAAACGAUGCCUUGACAGUGAACCCCGCCAUUGGGGUCUACGAGGCCCUCGCGGUGCAUGCUUCCGACUUGCUCUGGGCAAUUGGUUGUCUUAUCAUCUCUUUCACUGCAAAGGAAAGUGAGCGUGUAUUUCACUAUCUUUUCACCUUUGUGCUCCUGGUUGGCGCCAUCACCUACUUUGCUCAAGCUUCAGAUCUUGGUUGGAGUGCUGUCAGGCAAGUUGACAAGCUUGAUAACGCAAUUUCCCGGCAGGUCUUUUGGGUCAAGUAUAUCUACUGGCUGGUCGCCUUCCCUUCGAUGGCUCUGGCACUGGGCCUGAUCUCGGGCGUGUCCUGGACCACAAUAAUCUGUAACAUCGCUCUUUCACUGUGUUGGGUUGUCACCUAUCUAGCGGGAGCGUAUGUAACCAGCUCUUAUAAAUGGGGAUUCUUCGCAUUUGGGACUUUUUCUUGGCUCAUCCUCGCCAUGAGCACAAUCAACGAAAGCCGAAAAGCUGCACAGCUCCUUGGGAUCGAUAAAGACUACAUAAUUCUGUCGGGUUGGACUAACCUCUUCUGGAUCAUUUACCCCAUCGCAUGGGGCUUGACCGACGGCGGAAACGGGAUCGGGGUGACCGGAAGCGCGAUAUUCUUCGGGGUGCUAGAUGUCCUCAUGGUCCCUGUGCUUACCUUCGCCAUUUUAGCCUUCUCGUGUCGAUGGGAUUACCGAAGGCUAAGCAUUGCGUUCAGCGACUAUCGGCCGAGCCGAGAAACAGAGGCUGCAUCUACAUCCAAGAAGGAUGGUUCCUCUCGGGCGAUCGUGUAG